UGUGCAUUUGAACAAGAGACCCAUGUAAUUUUAUCCAUUUGUAUUUUUAUCUUUUCUCAACGUAGAGUGACCAUCUGUUUGAAUCCCACAUCAAACUAAAUCAUUUCCAAAGCUGCUUUUUGGAGUUGAGAGAAACUCUGUCUUCCCUCGGGUCUCCCAACAUUGUGAUAUUCACCAUACCUCAGUAGAAGAUGGAAUCCAAAGUCUCUGAGGGUGGUCUAAAUGUGACCCUCACAAUCCGACUGCUGAUGCACGGCAAGGAAGUUGGAAGCAUCAUUGGCAAGAAAGGAGAAACAGUGAAAAAGAUGCGUGAGGAGAGUGGCGCACGAAUCAAUAUUUCAGAAGGAAAUUGUCCAGAGAGGAUCGUGACCAUUACUGGCCCCACGGAUGCCAUCUUCAAGGCUUUCGCAAUGAUCGCUUACAAAUUUGAAGAGGAUAUAAUCAACUCCAUGAGCAACAGUACUGCUACAAGUAAGCCACCAGUAACACUGAGGUUGGUUGUGCCAGCGAGCCAGUGUGGGUCACUGAUUGGCAAAGGAGGCUCCAAGAUUAAGGAAAUCAGGGAGUCAACAGGUGCGCAGGUUCAAGUGGCGGGGGACAUGCUGCCCAACUCCACAGAGAGGGCAGUGACCAUCUCAGGAACCCCCGACGCAAUUAUCCAGUGUGUCAAACAGAUCUGUGUGGUGAUGCUGGAGUCCCCACCGAAAGGUGCCACCAUCCCCUAUCGCCCAAAGCCCGCCUCCACCCCUGUCAUUUUUGCAGGUGGUCAGGCCUAUACAAUUCAGGGACAGUAUGCCAUUCCACACCCAGAUCAGUUGACCAAGCUCCACCAGUUGGCUAUGCAGCAAACCCCCUUUACUCCCCUUGGACAGACCACCCCUGCUUUCCCUGGAGAAAAGCUGCCCUUACAUUCCUCCGAAGAAGCUCAAAAUCUGAUGGGCCAAUCAGCAGGUUUGGAUGCCAGUCCCCCGGCCAGUACUCAUGAACUCACCAUUCCCAAUGAUCUAAUAGGUUGCAUAAUCGGACGCCAAGGGACCAAAAUCAAUGAAAUUAGACAGAUGUCUGGAGCACAGAUCAAAAUCGCCAAUGCCACAGAAGGUUCAUCGGAACGCCAAAUUACCAUCACAGGAACCCCAGCAAACAUCAGCCUUGCCCAGUACCUCAUCAAUGCCAGGCUGACGUCUGAGGUCACUGGAAUGGGGGCACUCUAAAUUUCUACUCUUCAUACUUCACUGUGCAUCACCUGACCCUCUCAAGCCAAUGACUCUUCCCCCAGCAUCUACGAUCUGUAUACUUCCUUGUUCCGCACCC